AUGGCUUUGAGGGGUUGCAGGUCCAAGGACUUGACAGGCUCACUGUCGGACCUUGCAAUUCUUUCGUUCGCAAGCUGUACUCCUAACAGUAUGCGGCUCUUCAUGAUUCUGCGAGCUGCUUUGUCUUUUACACAUCUACAGGCAGGCACUCAAUCGCCAGAGAAGGCUGAGCCAGGCUACCGACUAAUUACUGAUGCAUCGUCUCCAUCACAACACGACCUGAAAAUUCAGCCACCAAAAGUCAAGAUGACACCAUCAACCUUCCAUAAUAUCUUCGACAUCCAUCCCGCAUCCAAAGUCGCCAGCCCACAGCCUACCUACCAAAAAAGCAAGAAUAAGGCACCUGAGAAUGAGCGCGACAUCGGACUUCUUCCCGAUAUUGAACUGAACCACUUUGCCUCUGUUGCACGGCACAAUGAUACCAAAUCAGCUGAUCCAAGUACGCCAGAGCACCAAAACCCAAACGGUGCUCAGACCCCCAAUACGCCUAAUGAGUUGGAGAUGAGUCGUCCACCAACACCACGGAUGGAGGAGGCUGUCAGCCAGAUCAGGACAUGGAACGCUGACCCAAUGACGAAAUGGAGGAUUCUGUGCUGUUGCAUGAUUUACCUUUCCAACGGAAUCAACGACUCAGUGGUUGGUGCCCUAAUUCCCUACAUGGAGUCAUGGUAUCACAUCUCCUACUCAAUCAUGUCACUAGUCUUCGUCGGAAACGCCGCUGGCUUCAUCACUGCUGCCUUCUUCACCAAUACUUUGUUGGGGAAAUUGGGUCGGGCAAAGACUUUGAUUCUCGCAGAGUUGAUUCAGCUUUCUGCAUACGUUAUCCUGGUCUGCACGCCCCCGUACCCGCUGGUAGUAGUCUCUUUCUUCCUUCUAGGCUAUGGAGCAGCUAUCAACCUGGCGCUCAACAACGUCUACUGCGCGCACACCCAUCCACCUAGUGUCAUCCUUGGUCUUGCUCACGGCUCCUAUGGUGUCGGAGGCAUCGUAGCGCCCGUCAUUGGAACAGCGAUUGUUUCUCAAGGCGUACUUUGGUCUCGCUUCUACUUCCUCACUGUCGGGCUUCGUCUGUGUUGUAUUGCUUUCUCCGCAUGGGCCUUUUGGUCCUACAAAGAAGAAUCUGAGCAUACACUCCUCACUACUCUCGAGAUGACGGCUAGUAGGCAGACGGCUGCUGGAGAAGCAGUGUCCAAGUUCAAGGAUCUGAAGCUCGCGCUGAAAAACAGGGUCACCGUCUUUGGAGCGCUCUUCAUCUUUGCGUAUCAAGGGGCUGAAGUCAGCAUUUCAGGCUGGUUCAUCUCGUACCUAAUCAAGUACCGGAAUGGUGAUCCUACAAAGGUCGGAUACGUCACAGCGGGCUUCUGGGGAGGCAUCACACUUGGUCGCUUCGUCCUAACACACGCCGCACCUAGGAUAGGCGAGAAGAAUUUCGUCGUCAUGCUCACACUUGGGACUGUGGUCCUCCAGCUCCUAGCAUGGCUGACGCCCAAUCUCAUCGGCAAUGCGGUGGCCGUCUGCCUGCUGGGCUUGCUGCUUGGACCGGUGUACCCAUGUGCGCAGACCAUUUUCUCGAGACUCAUGCCCCGACACGUCCAGACAACGGCGAUUGGCUUCAUUGGCGGUGCAGGCAGUAGUGGAGGAGCCGUGGCGCCCUUCACCACUGGUAUUCUUGCACAAGCUGCUGGAACCUGGGUGCUGCAUCCCGUGUGUCUUGGGCUGUAUGCAGCCAUGUUGGCCUGCUGGUUUGCACUGCCUAGGCUGCAUAAGAGGAAGGAUUGA